AUGUUGCUAGCUAUACAUUUUGUCUUUUUAUCGUGGUGUUUUUUUGCAGCAAAUGGAGAAAACGAUGCUUUACCACAAGAAUCAGAGUUUGGAGCAUUUCUUAUCGAUAAGAGCAAAUCAAGAUCACAAGACGCAGUCAACCAUGAUUCCUCGUCUGCAAAAAACACACAAAACAUUGAAGUUCAAAGGAGAAACUUAAGGUUGUACCCUGAAUGGUUUUCACAAAGAAUUAAAAAAAUCGCUGCAAAGGGUUUUGCGCAUACAAUUCCGUUUGCACAAGAAAAAAAAGGUACAGCUAAGGAUACAGUACCCACUCCAAAAUUUCGGAGGAGCAGUCUGUAUGGGCUCGGCAGCCACAACCCAGUGAUUAUUGCUGAUGAUGCAGAUGAAGGAAAUUUCGCACAGCAAUCGUUGCCUGCUGGGUCUGAGCUGGUUGACCUUCCAAAUAACUUUCAAGAGCUUUCUCCCAAUGCUUUCCACGAUAUCUCACACGCAUACGGAAAUGAAGGCAUGUUAAACCUAGGCGAUGAUGUUCUGUCCCUGGGUCUUCAUAAUCAUCAUCAUCACCACCACCACAACCCUUGCCACCAUCGACCAUGUCUCAAUGGAGGAUCGUGUGUCCACCACAGAGGCGCAAGCUUCAAGUGUAGUUGUAGAAGCGGGUUUCGCGGACAUUAUUGUGAAAUUCCUGCUGUAACAUGCAAACCAAAUCCAUGCAAGAACGAUGGAGCCUGCACUCUUCAUGAUAAUGGAUACCUAUGUUCAUGCCAGGCGGAUUACAAAGGCCCAAGCUGUUCACUUCCCGCCUCGUGCUUUUCGAAUCCUUGCCGAAACGGUGGCACAUGUGUUGAGUUAGAAUCUGAUUUCAACUGCCAAUGUUCUGCAGAAUAUGAAGGAAAACUAUGCGAAGAGAAAAUCAGCCCUUGCCGGGAUAGCCCUUGCAAGAAUGGCGGCUUGUGCAAGGAUGUGGGAACCUCUUUUGAAUGCCUUUGCAGAGAAGGAUUCUCGUGCGCAGAUUGCAGUUGUAAUACAACAACUGUUGUCAAGCAGGUGACAAAGCAAACAACAUGUCCCGCUACUUCAUGUAAAAAUGGCGCUACUUGUGUUAUGCUUGAUCGUGGCUUUAGCUGCCAAUGUUUGGAUGGUUACCAUGGUGAAGAUUGUUCAAUCCCAGACCUCUGUAAGAAGAAUCCAUGUGAAAACGGUGGAAUCUGUGUCCAAGUUGGCGCGGAUUACAAAUGUAUUUGCUCAUAUGGCUACAAAGGAGUCAAUUGUCACGUACCUCUGAGUUGCGUCUCACAUCCUUGUAUGAAUGGAGCAAAGUGUGUUGAAACGGAUCGUGAUUUCAAAUGCACCUGUGCACUUGGCUUCAAAGGAGAAACAUGCCAAGAACUGGACCCAUGUUCACACAAUCCAUGUGCAAAUAAAGCAACGUGUAUGGGAAGGGGUCCAUUUUAUACUUGCAUUUGUCAGGACGGAUAUCGAGGGAAAGACUGCCAAGAAAAAGACCCAUGCUUUCCAAAUCCAUGUGUGAAUGGUGGCUGCACAGAAGCAAAAGCCGGGAUCACUGUUUGCAACUGCACAGAAGGAUGGGCUGGAGAUCUGUGCGAGCUUCGCAACCAGUGUUUUCCAAACCGAUGUCUCAAUGGUGGAACAUGCACCCAUAAUGGCGACUCAUACCACUGUAUCUGUCCAAUCAAAUACCACGGAUUAUCUUGUGAAUUGACGAAUCCUUGCUACGCUAAUCCAUGCAAAAAUAAUGGAGCUUGUCAAAAUACUGAUACUGGAUACAUCUGCUCAUGCGUGGACGGAUACAGGGGGUCUCAUUGUGAAGUUUCAAGUUUUUGUCAUCCAAAUCCAUGCCACCACGGAGGGCGUUGCUAUGAAGGAGAGAAUGAAUACAUUUGCGAGUGCGAAACUGGUUAUGCUGGAAAAUUGUGUGAAGUGCAAGCGUUCUGUGAUUCUAACCCUUGCCUCAACAACGGUCAAUGCAUGGAAGGCAUUGGCACAUACACGUGUCAUUGUCCUUUUGGCUUCCUUGGUGGCCAGUGUGAGCAGAGCAUCUGCCUCCCAAAUCCAUGUAGAAACGGAGGAACAUGCAUUGCAUCAAACACUGAACAUGGCUAUGCUUGCGAGUGUGCCUUUCCUUAUCACGGACACGACUGCUCAGAAUGGGAUCCGUGCGUGCCAAACCCCUGUCAUAACGGAGGAAAUUGCAAAAGUCACUUGAAAGAGAUCAAUGAAUUACAUCUCCACGAAGGAGCUCUUACAAGCCUUAUUCAUGGAGCUGAUGAAAGUGUUGUUGAUGUUGUCGAGCCAGAUGAAGAGCCAUUGGGCGACAAUAGCUUUACACCGAACCAUCACCCAGAGUUAUACGAAGAACACGACCAAGCAACGAAUAGUGACCUCCACCAUGGAAGUCACCAAGAUAUGCAUAAGCUGCUACCGAAACUUGAUUCCGAUCAUCCUAAUUCUGAAUGGUCGUCUAUGAGUCAUCUGUUUCACAAAGAUCAUGCAUAUGCACAUGAACACCCUGAUGACCAGGAGCUUGUUUAUGAGAGUCCUGAACACAAGCAUAGAGGACACCACUACAGUGAUGACACCGAAGCAGUUCAUUCUGAUACUUUACACGAACAAGUGCAUCCACAUCUUGAUACCGAUGGUGAUGAUCAUCAUGUUGGAUAUGAAGAGGCCAAUAGCAUACAUGGGGCUGAUGCCGAGGAACAUCCCCACCACGGGGAACACCCAUUCACAGAACAUCACCCACACACAGAUUAUGAUGAUGAUGAUGAAGAAGAGGAUAACGAGCUCAUAAAGAUUAAUGCUCAUGCGCACCUAAAACAGCAGGGCCACCAUGACCAUGUCGUUCUACCAGAUGCAGCAAAAUUUAAGAGUCAUAGCGGAGGAGUAGCUGAAGAGGUUGAAUCCCUUACCAAGGAUGAAGAGCGUCAUAAUGACGACCACCUUGAUAACCAUGACAAAAACGCUCACAAGGUUGAUCAGGCAACUGUGGCAGAGAUAACAAAGAAAGUUGUUGAUGCUGUUAUGAGCGAAAAGGCAAAGAAUUCAAAGAGAAGUCGAGUUUCUCGUGUCAAACCAAAAAGCUUCAUCCAAAAAGCGAAGCGAACAAUCCACAAUCUAUACGUUUGUGAAUGUCCAUCGGGUUUUCUUGGAGCUCAUUGUCAACAUGCCAACCCGUGCGAAAAGUCGCCAUGUCGAAAUGGAGGGAUUUGCAUUCCCCGAGGCAGCAAAUAUCAAUGCCAGUGUAUGUCAGGGUAUGCUGGCGUCAACUGCGACGACUUGCACCCUUGCGAUCCAAACCCAUGUCUCCAUAAAGGUACAUGCAGAUUGGCACAUAACGUGAGAGGAUACCAUUGUGAUUGCAUAAGGGGCUACAGAGGCUACCAAUGUGAAAAGGUAGAUAGCUGUGCGAAAGGGAGUCCAUGUCAACAUGGCGGUAGAUGCGUCAAUACAAAAGACGGAAUGGAAUGUAGAUGCCGGCAAAGAUACGGGGGCAACCUGUGCGAGGUUGACAAGUGUGAAGGCUGCAGCACAAAUGCUCAUUGCAAGCAGGGACACUGCGUGUGCAAGCCUGGCUUUAUUGGCAACGGAUACAAAUGCAAAUCCAUUGGUGACAUUUGCAGUCCAGAUCCUUGUGAAAACGGAGGAAAAUGCGUUCCUGGUCAAGAUGGAAAAAUCUUCAUAUGUCAGUGCAAAGCUGGCUACACUGGAGCAAGAUGCGAAUUUUUCAACCCAUGCCAAAGCACUCCUUGCCAACACAAUGGUUUGUGUGUUGAUAAUUCCAAUAGCCGUUCAAAAGGAAUUAUUCUUAUUGAGCACACAGACUACAAAUGUUUCUGUCCACAAGGAUACCGAGGAAAGAAUUGCGAAGAGACAAGUCUUGGGGCUUGCAGUUCAGUGCCAUGCCUGAACAAUGCCACGUGCUUCGAUUCUUCUGAUGAGAAAUACAGAAGGCACAUGAAACACCCAGAUGACUAUGAAUGCUACUGCCAAAAUGGAUACAGCGGAAAGCAAUGCGAAAUUCCACACUUCGCAUGCUGGUCACACCCUUGUCAAAACGGAGCCAGUUGCCUGGAUCCUUCCGUUCUUCCUGAAGUCAGUUUCGACUCUCAUGGUUACAAAUGCAACUGCUUACCUGGGUACAUUGGAAGGAACUGUGAAGUGACUCUUCAUGGUCCAACACCAUGCUUCUCUGCGCCCUGCUUGCAUAAUGGGAGAUGUAUCGACGUAGCAUCAAACAAUGACCCAGACCUCCAUUUUGAGGAUAUUAACGAAUACAAAUGCUUCUGCAAUGCCAUGUAUAGUGGAAGGAACUGUGAAGUUCCAUUCCCAGCAUGCACAUCGGCCCCGUGUUACCACAAUGGAACAUGCAUCGAUGGAAUAACCCAUCCGGACUUUAAUUAUGACGAAACCGGAUAUCACUGUCUCUGUGCGGCCGGAUUCGAAGGCAAGAACUGCGAAAAACAAUACGCUUUUGCUUCACCAGAAGAGGAGGAACAAACCCUUCACCCAACUGAACCCCCAGAUUUUGAGCCGCUUACACCUACGCCAAUGGUUAUUUAUGAGCGCCCGCCAAGAACUACUCCACCUGUCGGGAAAUUAGAAAAAGCCAACCCCUCUGUUGUUAUUGUAAAACACAAGGACUAUACCCACGCGGAGCAUCACGAGAACAGUCCUCCGCUGCGCAACCCUCACAACGAGCAUGGGCCGAUCGAUUUACCUAUAGAGGACAUUACUAAACAACAAGAAAAAGAAAGAGCAGAACACAAGGUUGUGACAACCAAAGAUGAAGUUGCCCCACUAAAAGACAGCCAAAACCCAGCCACCACCAUUGUUCACAUAACACCGGACAAUGGAGCUCCGGGUGGUGCUGCAUCGGUUGUAAACGAGGCAAAAACCGCACAGGCACAUAACGCUGCCGUAGCGCGCAUGGUUUCGCUUCUGCCGGAUAAUUUACAUCAGGGUUACAAUAGUCCACCGCUUGCCGGAUCAUACAAUCCACAGGCUAACGUAUUCUCAAGGAGUGCUCCUUGGCAACAGUAUCCACAAACCAUGCCACAAACCAUGCCUCAAACCAUGCCACAAACAUACCAAGGCUACAGCUAUUACCGCCAAGCUGAAAAAGCCCAAACGAGGUCUCUGUCUACAGGACCCCUGAAAUCGAACUGGCAGAAUGUAUACAACAAACUGCUACAAAAAAGGCGAAAUGAUUACAGAGUUACUAAACAUUAGUACAUUGUAUAGAAAAAUUACAGCCUUAGGAUUUCUAAAAGCUGUACCGCGAGCGCCAAUAUGCUUACAACACACCAGCUUUUCCCAAAGCCACAUGCGACUGUGCCUUAACUGGAAAAUGCAACUGCACAAAGUCUUCCCCUGCCCAGAAUUUCUGCCGCUUUAAUUGUCAUGAAAAUAGAGUAAACAGUUUAGCCAAGUAAAUCGGGUUUAAAAAACUUACAUCAGUCAUUAGGCAGUAAUAAAAAACAGAGAGGUACUGUCACGAUUGGCCUAAAUGACAAAAGAGGUGAUGACAGAGCAUAUCCACAGGCUCACAGGCCAAAUGCCAGGGAAUUUUAGGAUAAUAACCAACUUAUUUAGGGCUAACUUUUCUCAGGUAAUGGUCAUUCGUGGGUUUUCCCAAGAUAUAUCCCUCAAAUAUCCCCAAAAGCUGCUUUGCGCUUCCAUACUUUGGGAAUUUUAAUCAACUUAAAGCAAUAGGGUUCUACCAUUUCAACAAAUUGACUGUUAUGUCAUCUUAUAAAUAGAUAACAUGAGGAAUUAAAGAAAAUUUAAUUGUAUCUAAAAUCACUUAUUAUUUGUAGCUUACCACUCGCUCAAUUCUUUUUAAUAUGUUUCUCUGGUAAUAAACCUAUAAGUAAUUAAUCACACGGAUGAUUUAUUAUCAUUGUAAAUUUCGAUGUUCAAAUAUCGGUACAACAAUGUCUACUUGCUAAUGUACACAAUGUACAUUUUAAAAUUAAGAAGUUACGAUGUAGCAAUUUUGUAAACAAUGCAUUUGCAUUUGCAUAGGUUGUUGUAUAAAAUAAUAUACAUUUAAGCAAUAAGCAUUUUGUAUUCAGUUUAAAGUAAAAGUCAUACCACUUGAUCUUUUAUAUCAAACAACCCUUGAUAAAUAGUUUCAAAGUUCAUUUGCUGGUCGAGUUGGAAUCAUAACCCAGGUAAACCAAAGGCGAGAAUAUGCGAACGCCAUGUUUUCCAUUUCCGGGAAAUGAACCAACAGAAAACGCGGAAACGCGGACCUGACUUUGAUAAGGAACCGCUUUAACGUUCAGGUAAUUGGUGUUAAAUCUACCACCAAUUAUCUGAUGUUGAACCCAAAACUUUAGAUACUUGAUGUUAAACCUACCACAGAAAUCUCAAAACCUCCGAGAGAGUCAUAAGGAGUUGUUAACUUUCACAAUCACUAACCAUGACAGGCUUCCUAUCAAUCAAGAUCGAUUAUUGUACUUGGUCCAUCCCCAAGACCUUAUUGUGUCGAUUGGACCGGGCACACCCCCCAAUCCAUCCCCUUGAAUCUAGGACCAAACACAGGGGGGAUGACAACAAUUCAAAUUAUUUUGACUCUUUACAUAGUGAGAAGCAAUGUCGUGAAAUGGAGCAUGGAAAUUGAUGAACUCCAUUAUAUGGGCUUUUUAACAUAAUAUAUUUUAGGAGAUUGGGAAAAGCUAUUCCUUACUCCAAAAACAUUGAAAAUAUGUUUACUAGAAGGCCACUGCAAACCAAUGAAA